ACUUCCGGUUCAUAAGAAACGAAUUGUCUGCUGAGUAAAAUUACUUGGUUUGUGUUUUUAAUUUCGUACACGUUUUACAUUAAUGGUUGAAAGUAAAUACAGUCCAAAAACUAUACCAAACUCAUUUUGUCUUGGGUUUCUGAAAAAAAUUAUUAAGCUACACAUACGUUUACGCUGAUAAUACUAAAGUAAGUCACUCAGCUAGAUUCACUGUACUGUGGCACUGUCACACUGACUGUGUGUGAGUGGUGCCGGUGGUAUGGUGUUGUGUUGUUACACUCAACUGUGUAGUAGUGUGUAGUGUUGCGGCGUAAUUCAAUUCAAUUAUUAAUUUGUUAGAAUUACAGUAUUAUUUAGUGCCUAAACUUUCUCAUUUGAACCGAACGAAAAUUCAGUAAUACUUAUUAGUCUUAACUCUUUCUCUGCGGUAUAUUUUUAUAGAAAAAAAUGUACUUUUUUUCCAAGAGUGAAUGAAAAAAGAGUGAGAGGUUGGAUUUAUUAAAAAAUACUUUAUAAGCCUAAACUUGAUAUCAAAAGAAAGAUAAUUGAAAGGCCUAGGCUAUAUCAUGCUAUAUGUUGUUGUAAACUUAUUUCUUUAGACUAGACACUUAAGUUUAGUUUAAAUAAAAUAAGUUACAGAAAAGAACCAUAAGAUGUGAAAACAUUUUAUGCUAAACCAUUUUUUCCCCAAACCCUAUGACAGAUGUACGCAUACCUCAUCUUCACUUCUAUAACUCAAAUCCUCUAAAACUACUACUAUUUUUGGAAUCAUGAGAUCGAUCUAAAUAAAAAUCAUCUUCACUAUCAAAAGAAAUAGUAUAAAACAAUUCCAAAGCUUUUUGAGCUGUUAAUCGUCUAGGAAACUUACUCACCUAGUAGGGCCUAGAGUAGCCAUAGCAACAGUAGAAAAAAGUGAAGAAAAUCAUUAAAAUAAUGCUUCAAAUGACAACAUAUAAACCUUGGUUUCAUUUAUAAACAAUGAAGUACCAAUCUGCCAAUCUUCUAUGUAAAAGUGUUAUUUAAAAAUAGCUCUAAAAGGUUUAACCAAGAAAUAGCAAAGAAGCAAACAUGAUAUUGAAACAACCCACAGCACGUUGGUCCGUGCUUUUGAGAACGGCGGAUGAACGCAGUGUGUGUUAGUGUGUUGUUCAGCAACGAAAGAGUUAACCAGUGUCGAAUCUUUUUUCCGUCAUUCAUAGCUGCCUCUGAAACUGAAUGAUUAAUAAUUAAUUAUUUUUUAUUAUUAUAUUGUCAAAAUCAUAAGACUAAGUAAUCAUAAGUAAUAAGGAGUGACAGUAAUCAGUAAAAAAUAAUGCCAUGAAUUUGUUGAAGGCAAUCAUUUAUAAUCAGUGACUGUGAUAAAGGCUGUCAACAAGAAUUUUCCAUUCAUCUCAGUCUGUGGUUUCCAGUUUCUUCCACUUUUAGGUGUGUAACAGACCAAGUUGGCUGUGAUUUUUCACACGACCCUAAUAUUCAUUCUUAUGACAUUUUAGUAAUUUUAUCAGAACGUUGUGAAUCACGAGAAAGCGGGAACUAGUUUUUAUAGCGGAAGUAGAAUACAUGCUUAAGUAGAGCAGGAGUCCAUGAUUGUUUCUUGAAGGUGUCGGACAUGUUGAAUUUUUCUUGUAUGGAUUAUUAAAGUAUUAUCUGAUGGAGUAAUGUGGAAUGUGUAUUAAUUCAUUGCAUCCUAUCAUUGUCACUAGGAUAUACUCAUAGCAAGAUUUAUUAUUCAACUCAUCUAUUAUAUGUAAUAAAGUACUGUAUAAAUUAUUGGACGUUACCACUUCGUUAUUGAGAGAGAGAACAGAUAAGUUUGGGGAGUGAAUGAAUCAAUUAUGCAAGUGAUAGCGGCAGGCCAUCCACUGCAGUAAUAGUUAACCAUGUUACCACCAAGGUCAUAUCGGUGAUAUAACAUGUUACAAGGUGUUAACUUGGGAUUACCCAGAUAUUUCCCUAUCCACCAACAUCUUUUCCAUUUGAUGUUUUUAAUUUCAGCAAUAGGCUCUUACUCUUGGUAUGUCUUGUCCAUUAAGUAUUUGUUGGUGAUGAUUUUUGGCCAUUUAAUGUUCAGGAUCUGUCUUAGGCAAGUUUUAGUGAAAGUCUGUAUUUUCUGCUUUUUAUGCUCACUGUUGUUGUCCAAUUUUGGCACCACCCUAUACAGACUAUCAUAAUUCAUUACAUUUAAAAGAAGACUAAAUUGAAUGUGAUUCAGUAAAGUGCCCUAACAAUAUUACUCAAAAAUUUCAGUUGGCUCGGCAACUUUUGUCUAUUUAUAAUUAGAUGUAGGCCUAUGUCCGGGCACUGUAUGUGUAUUCUAGUAUAUAAUUAUAGGUUUUAUUAUUUUUUGAUGAAAUAAAAUAGGCACAAUUUAAGGCUUUGCCCUGAUUGCAGUUGAAGACUUUACUCUGAAAUAUGAGUAUGAUGAUGAAUGUUAAAUAGAAAUUAUUCAAAGAUUUCAGUCUUUCAAAAAGUUUUAAGUUAUGCACAAGCAUCUACAUACUUAAAAUACAACUAUUUAAUUAAAAUGAUGCACUUUCAGUUAUAGUUAUUGAAUUAUUGUUUUGAAGUAGCAGUGUCCUAUAGAGCAGAAGAAAACUCAACAUUAAAAAAAGAACUAAAAUGAGGACUUAUAAUGAAGAACUGAAGUUUGUGGAAAAGUCUGGCCCAUGUGGUUACCACAUUAGGAAAGGUUUUGUUGACAAUAUGAAGGUAAUAUUUUCAGAUAUAAUCUAGCCUUUCUUGAUUUGUUUAAUAAUAUAUAUUAACUGCUGAAACUUGACUUUAAAAGUUAAAAUAAGUUGUUUUUUUAAGUACACUAUGAGUUGUUUCUUUAAUUGACUACUUAUCAACAUUAACAAAUAACAACAUGAAUUCAAUGAACAUAAACUGAUGAAUUUUAAAUUGACUUACGGAAAUAUAAAAAAUAUUAUUUAUAAUUAAUUUUUUUCUGAAUGGAAUUUUUAUUAUUUCAAUGUCCAGAAUUUGAAAAAUAUUAAUAAUAAAAAUGCUUAAAGUUUUGCAAAGCUUUUGCUAUGAUGUUAUAUUUUGAUUUAAAUUCGAAUUUGCAAAAUAACAAUUGACUUUUUAAAUCAAUAAUUUUUUUAUUCAAAAUAUUCUAUCAUUUCUUCGUUGUUUUUUUUAUUUCAGUUGCUGCUACAAUUUAUUUGUUGGCUUUGGAUUCUCUUAAAUUUAUUUUCCUAAAAUAUAUAUUUCUAUAUUCAUUUUUAAAUCAUUUAGUUUUGUUCUUGUUUAGGUUGAAGGGUACUUCUAUGCCAACAAGGCCCUUGAAAAGCUCAUGUUUGAUGAGCUGAAGCAGUCCUGCAAUAGUAAAGGCUUUGGUGGCUUCUUGCCCGGUAUGAAACAGAUAGCUAAUGUAGCAGCACUGCCAGGGAUCGUUGGGGUAAGUAACACAUGGUAGGACAUUUUUUUUAAAAAAUGGUUUUCUUAAAAAAUUAUUUAUAAAUAAAUAUAUAGUGUAUAUAAAUAAGGAAUAUGUGUUAAUUUUUCUUUAGCGGGGACAAAGUUUCUUUUUAUAAUUUAAGACGAAUGUUUUUAAAACAGAAUUUUCAAAGUGAUAUUAGUUAUUAUUCACCACACCCACACACAAAAGAAUUGUAUUGGUCAUCUAGUUCAAACUUUAAGGUGAUCACAAAUGUCUUCCACUGUGUUGUACUAUGCAGUGAAAGCUGUUAUAAUGAACUCAAGUUGUACCUCAUACAUAAGUAUAAUAAACACAUGUUGUACUUGAUACAGAAAUACAAUAAACACAUGUUGUACUUCAUACAGAAAUAUAAUAAACACAUGUUGUACUUCAUACAGAAAUACAAUAAACACAUGUUGUACUUCAUACAGAAAUAUAAUAAACACAUGUUGUACUUCAUACAGAAAUACAAUAAACACAUGUUGUACCUCAUACAGAAAUACAAUAAACACAUGUUGUACUUCAUACAGAAAUACAAUAAACACAUGUUGUACUUCAUACAUAAAUACAAUAAACACAUGUUGUACCUCAUACAGAAAUACAAUAAACACAUGUUGUACUUCAUACAGAAAUAUAAUAAUGAUAAACACAUGUUGUACUUCAUACAGAAAUAUAAUAAACACAUGUUGUGCUUCAUACAGAAAUACAAUAAACACAUGUUGUACUUCAUACAAUAAUAAACGAAUAUUUUACUUCAUACAGAAAUACAAUAAACACAUGUUGUACUUCAUACAGAAAUACAAUAAACACAUGUUGUACCUCAUACAUAAGUAUAAUAAAUAGUAAUGGGACGAUUAAUCGGAAUCGUAUCGGAAUAAUCGAAAUAUCUGGAUUUUUCCAUAGCAUUGGGAAAGUUUGUUUUGAUAGAUGUAUUUAUAUAAAACCUUUCAAAGACAUUGUUAUCUAGCAUAUUGUCAAGCUUCAAUAGCAAGUUAAUAAACUUUUCUAAUCAAUUCUCAACUUUUAUAUUAAUUAAAUAUGUUAAUACCUGGGCACAGUAAUACGUAAUAAUAAUAAUAAUAAAGUUUAUUUAAAAAACACUCUUCAUCCCCAAAACCUCGAAGCGCGGUACAAAGUCAAACAUAUUAUAAAGAGAAAUAAAAACAAUCUGAAAUUUACCACAUUUAAAAAACAUACCUCAUACAAAAAUACAAUAAACACAUGUUGUACCUCAUACAGAAAUACAAUAAACACAUGUUGUACCCCAUACAGAAAUACAAUAAACACAUGUUGUACCUUAUACAGAAAUAAAAUAAACACAUGUUGUACCUCAUACAGAAAUAUAAUAAAAACAUGUUUAUAUUUCAGAGAUCUAUUGGCCUGCCAGAUGUUCACUCAGGAUAUGGUUUUGCCAUAGGUAUGCACACCCUUCUCCACAUCUGUUAACAAGAACAAAAAGCUUGGCAAAGCCAGCCAAUACAUAAUACGCCACGUCUAGGCUCUAUUGGCAAGUUUUCUAGAAUUGGACACUAAUUUUUAUCAUAUUUUUCAGAGUUGUAUUUGUUAAAAAAGUAAAAUGUUUAUUUCAUUUAUUUUUUUUAAUUUAGGUAACAUUGCAGCUUUUGACAUGAGUGAUCCUAAAUCUGUUGUCUCCCCUGGUGGGGUGGGAUUCGAUAUCAACUGUGGAGUGAGACUUCUGAGGACCAACCUUCACCUGCGGGAUGUGGAGGGGUUGAAGGAACAGCUGGCCCAGUGCUUGUUUGACCACAUUCCUGUUGGGGUGGGAUCCAAAGGGAUCAUUCCCAUGACAGCUCAGUGAGUUGAUGGAACAUUUAUAGAACAGUUAAUAGAUGAUUUAUAGAACAUUUAUUGAAUAAUUAAUGGAACAUUUAUGGAACAAUUAUUUGAACAUUUAUAGAACAAUUAAUAGAUCGUUUGAUCUUGCAUUGAUACAGUUCACCCAUUGAACCCUGCUCAAUAUUGAGUUCUGCUUGUUUUAUAAGUACAGUAAUGUGUAAACAGCAAUUCAUGAACUAGAUUUGGGGUUAUAUUGACUUCUACUUCAUAUAUAUGUAGAAAAAGUAGUCAGCUGCUUGAAAGGAAUUUUUAAUUUGAUAGUAAAAUAACUUACAAAUUACAAUAAUACUAGAAAGAUUCUUGCUUAUUUCACAAUGGGAUUACCUCGUUCUGGGUAAAAAUAAGAGCGUGCUGUGCUGUUUAUAAUGCAGACUCUUGAUUUUUUAAAAAUAUUACAACUCUCUAUAAAUAUCCUAAUUAUUUUAUACAAAGAAAUCUAGAAGAGGCCUUGGAAAUGGGAAUGGAUUGGUCUCUACGAGAAGGUAAGACACAGGACCAUAGCUUUAAAAUACUUCAUAUUUAAACUAGGAAAAAUGUUUUCAUUGAGGUUUUACUACAGAAACAGAGUGCCAAUAGACUUAAGCUUUUUCUCUGGUUGAUGACAUUUAUAGCCGUUAUGUGAAAUGAAAGGCUAAUUUCAAUACAGCAGGCAAGGUUUGGGUUUACUAUUUUGUUGACAAGGUUUCAUAUGUUUCUGUAAUGUUAUAUGUUCUUGACAGGGCUUAAUAUGUUGCUGACUGUGUUUAAUAUGUUGCUGGCUGUGUUUAAUAUGUUGUUGAUUGGGUUUAAUAUGUUGCUGACUGUGUUUAAUAUGUUGCUGACUGUGUUUAAUAUGUUGCUGACUGUAUUUAAUAUGUUUUUGACUGGGUCUAAUAUGUUGCUGACUGGUUUAAUAUGUUGUUGACUGUGUUUAAUAUAUUGCUGAUACUGAUUGGGUUUAAUAUGUUGCUGACUGGGUUUAAUAUGUUGCUGACUGGGUUUAAUAUGCUGUUGACUGGGUUUAAUAUGUUGUUGACUGGGUUUAAUAUGUUGUUGACUGGAUUUAACUUGUUGCUGACAAUAUAAGAUUAUUUAUUCUCCCAUUAGGAUACGCAUGGGCUGAAGACAAGGAACACUGUGAGGAGUAUGGGAGAAUGCUUCAGGCAGACCCAUCCAAAGUGAGCAGCAGGGCCAAGAAAAGGGGUUUGCCUCAGGUAUUUAAUAACACAGCCCAUCUGUGCUAUGUUCAAAUGUCUUGAUGUUGUUGGUUUUUUAAAUAUUCCUACUGAUCUGUUAGAACCUCUUAAAUAUCUGUUUCAUAAUGUUCUUCAAAUGUGUUAAUACUUGCAAUAUAAUUUUUAGAGUUAAUGGAAUUUAAAAAGUUAUAUAAAAAAAGCCAAAAUGUGAAUAAGGGGGAAAGUGAAUAAAACCAGGGGCAGUCAGAAUAAGAUUCAUUGACACACAUAUAGUUCAUCUUUAAGUCUUGGUCUAUCAUUUUAUCAUUUAAACUGUAUGGUAACUUCACCAUUCACUUUCUUCUCACAUCAUUUAAACAUUAUGAAGUUUUUAAGGAAUAUUCAACAAUUACUUUCUUCUCAUAUCAUUUAAACAUUAUGAUGUUAUUAAGGUAACUUCACCAUUCACUUUCUUGUCAUAUCAUUUAAAUAAUAUGAUGUUAUUAAGGUAACUUAUGAUGUUAUUAAGGUAACUUGUGAUGUUAUUAAGGUAACUUCACCACUCACUUUCUUGUCAUAUCAUUUAAACAUUAUGAUGUUAUUAAGGUAAAUUCACCAUUCACUUUCUUGUCAUAUCAUUUAAACAUUAUGAUGUUAGUAAGACAACUUCACCAUUCACUUUCUUCUCAUAUCAUUUAAAUAGUAUGAUGUUAUUAAGGUAACUUAUGAUGUUAUUAAGGUAACUUAUGAUGUUAUUAAGGUAACUUAACCAUUCACUUUCUUGCCAGCUUGGAACACUGGGGGCUGGCAAUCACUAUGCAGAGAUUCAAGUUGUAGAGGAAAUUUAUGACAAGUACGCUGCUAAGAAAAUGGGUGUGGAUUUCAAGGAUCAGGUGUGUGUCAUGAUACACAGUGGUAGUCGAGGUAUGGGGCAUCAAGUGGCCACAGGUAAUUACUAAAUGGUCUAGGCAUGUGACAUUAGGUGCCACAGGUAAUUACAAAAUACUUACAUCGUGAGUUUUAGUGUAUAAAAAAAUGUAAGUUUGUGUUAUUUAAUUAAAUAAAUCUGGGAUCUUUAAUUGUUAAUAUUGAAAUAAAUCGAGGAUAAUUUAUUGUUGAUAAUGGAAUAAAUUAGGAUGUUUUAUUGUUGAUAUUGAAGUAAAUCAGGAUGUUUUAUGGCAUAUGACAAAAUGUAGUAUGGUUCAAUGGUUCUUAAAUGUAUAUCAAAAAGUUAUGCACCAAGUAGUAAGAAUUUUCUAGGCAUUCCUUUGUUGUCAUGAUGUGAAAGUUCCUAAAUUUAUUCAUUAGAAGUGAGGUAUUUUUUACUUUGAUUUUAUUGCUGUUGCUCACAUAAACCAUGCAGCUGAAGGCGUCUCUGCUAUUCAGAAAGAUUUAGGAUAGUUUUGGUUGGGAUCAUACAGUAUGAUGUUAAUGAUAUAAUACAUUUUAUCUAACAUAAGUAGUUAACAAAAUUUCUGACAAAUCUAUUGUGUUAAAAUUGUUACCUUAAAACUUCUAAUAUGUUUUUUGUUCCAGAUGCUCUUGUAGCAAUGGAAAAGGCAAUGAAGCGGGACCAGAUAGACGUCAAUGAUCGCCAGCUUGCAUGUGCUCACAUUCAGUCUGUAGAAGGGCAAGAUUAUCUUAAAGCUAUGGCAUCUGCCGCUAACUAUGCUUGGGUCAAUAGAACUAGUAUGACAUUUCUCACUAGACAGGUACAUGCGUCAAUAGAAUUAUGAUAUUUCUCACUGAAUGUAAUAUAUAUAAUAUAAUUUUUUUUUUUUUAAACAAACCUUUUUUAACCUUCUUGCACCAGUGAGAUAUGAUUUUCUUAAACAUUUUUUUAUAAUUUUCUCACAAAAAUUUUUUUUUAUACAUUCUUACAAAAAAUUUUUUUUAGAUUAUUACAAACAUUUUUUAUUAGAUUCUUAAAAAACAUUUUGUGUUAGAUUAUUACAAAUAUUUUUAUUAGAUUCUUGCAAACAUUUUUUAUUAGAUCAUUACAAACAUAUUUAUUAGAUCAUUACAAACAUUUUUUAUUAGAUCAUUACAAACAUUUUUAAUUACAUUCUUACAAACUUUUUUACUAGAUUAUUACAUUUUUUAUUAGAUUAUUACAAACAUUUUUAUUAGAUUCUUACAAUCUAAUUGAAAAAUGUUCGUAAUAACCUAAUAAAAAAAUUUAAAAAUUUUUGUUAUAAUCUAAAAAAAAAAUGUUUGUAAGAAUCUAAGAAAAAAAUGUUCUUACAAACAUUUUUUAUUCAAUUCCUACAAAACAUUUUUUAUUAGAUUCUUACAAACAUUUUUUAUUAGAUUAUUACAUUUUUUAUUAGAUUAUUGCAAAAAGUUUUUAUUAGAAUAUUACAAACAUUUUUAUUAUUAAAUUCUUACCAAACAUUUUCCUUGUAGUUCAAUACAAAUUGAGUUUCAUUCCUUGCUUGUUAUUUCCCAGGCCUUUGCUAAAAUGUUUAACAGUACUCCUGAUGACCUUGACAUGCAUGUCAUUUAUGAUGUGUCUCACAACAUUGCCAAAGUGGAGGAGCAUUUCAUUGAUGGCAAACAGAAAACUUUGUUAGUCCACAGGAAAGGUUCCACACGUGCCUUCCCGCCACAUCAUCCACUCAUCCCAGUGGAUUAUCAGGUAAAUCUGCCCUCCCACCACAUCAUCCACUUAUUCCAGUGGAUUAUCAGGUAAAUCUGCCCUCCCAACACAUCAUCCACUUAUUUCAGUCGAUCAUCAGGUAAAUCUGCCCCCCAUAUUUUUCAAGAAUAAGUUCUAAUUUUCAUAGGGAUUUCACUUGUGGUCAUGAGUAAUUUUAAUGACUAUCAACAUUAUUUGGCUCCUUUAGAAACAACUGGCUUUUUGCUUUCAGCCUCUAGUUUUUUUAUUUAGUUACAUUUAUGGCAAUAUUUUGAAUAAUAUUUUUUCAGGAAGGCAAGUUGAAUUAUUAUUAUAUUUUUGGCCAAUGUCAAUGUCCAUUGUUUUAGUUGAUAAUCAUUCAUGUUGAUUGUUUUGUCACUAUUGAAAUGUAUGAUUGUUUUGUCACUAUUGAAAUGUAUGAUUGUUUUGUCACUAUUGAAAUGUUUGAUUGCUUUGUCACUAUUGAAAUGUAUGAUUGUUUUGUCACUAUUGAAAUGUAUGAUUGUUUUGUCACUAUUGAAAUGUAUGAUUGUUUUGUCACUAUUGAAAUGUAUGAUUGUUUUGUCACUAUUGAAAUGUAUGAUUGCUUUGUCACUAUUGAAAUGUAUGAUUGCUUUGUCACUAUUGAAAUGUAUGAUUGUUUUGUCACUAUUGAAAUGUAUGAUUGUUUUGUCACUAUUGAAAUGUAUGAUUGUUCCAACAGUUGACAGGCCAACCAGUGCUCAUUGGAGGAACUAUGGGAACAUGUAGUUAUGUAUUGACAGGAACAGACCAGGGAAUGGUGGAAACAUUUGGGACGACAUGUCAUGGAGCAGUAAGUCAACAUUCUUGAAGACUUUUUCCACAUACUUGGAGACUUUUUCACAUUCUCUGAGACUUUCAAAAUAAAAAGUUUUGAUUUUACAAAAUAUAAGUGUAGAUGGUACUUUGUGUAGAUGGUACUUUAAAGUCACUUAAAAGCUCAGAUUUAAAGUUUGAACUAUUACUAUUGUUGGGAAAAAAACUUUAGUUUCUCCUAAUGGAUGCCCACACUCGAAAAAAUGUUGAUACUUUGUUAAAAGUUGAAGUUACUUGUGCCCCAAAGUUACUGGUGCCCUAUUUGUAGGCCUAUAAAACCACUUUCAUUUUGUUUUUAAUUAUUGCAAACCCCAGGGACCCAUCAUAAAAACGGUUAUUUGUACCAUACAGUCCAUACAUGUUUAACAUUACUCAGGCAGUUAUAUGGAUUACUAAAUGUAUUUCAGCUAACCUUAAGCCUCAGGUAAUGUUGGACAUCACAUUACUCAGGCAGUUAUAUGGAUUACUAAAUGUAUUUCAUGUGACUGUAAGCCUCAGGUAUUGUUGGAAAAAGUCUUCAUAAGUGAUCAAAACAUUUCUUCUGCAUCUGCAGCUCAAACUGGGGUGUUAGAUUUAAACUUAGUUGUUUAGAUUCAAACUUGGCUGUUUAGAUUCAAACUUGGUUGAUUAGAUUCACACUUGUCUGUUUAGGUUUCUGAGUGAGUUUAAAUAAAUUAUUUUGUCAUUUAGGGACGAGCACUGUCUCGAGCUAAAUCUCGAAGGAACCUUGACUACACUGAUGUGUUGUCUGCCCUUGCCAACCAGGGAAUUAGUAUCAGAAUAGCAUCACCUAAAUUAGUCAUGGAGGAGGUGAGUAAUAUAACUUUCAAUAAUAUGAGGAGUGUCAGUGGUAUUCUGGUUACAAAUGUCAUGGAGGAGGCAGAGCUGUCACGACUGCCUGUGGUCUCAGAGAUUUAAAGGACCCAAGGUUGUGAUUUGGAACAUUUUUUCGGGGUGUAAAUCUGAAGUGUGUCUGGGUGCCUCCCAUGAUCACGCGCAUAACAGCUCUGAAGGGAGGUGGAAAGAAUCAGGAAUAUAUCUUUUUUUAAAUCCUUUAUAUUAACUUCGCUUUUGUUCCUGUGUUUAUUUCCGGCAGGGUGUGUGGCAAAAUCUUCGGAUGGCUAAUUGACCCACUUCCCAUAAACCUAUUAUGUUGAAAGUUGGCACAUGGACUCAUUGCCAAUGACAACACAUUCUUUCAAAUUUUCAGCUCCACCCCCCAACCCCCAAAAAUCAGUUUUUCCUGUUUUUCAAGGGAACGAUAUAUGAUGCCACUGAUUUCACAAAAUAAAAUUCCUGAUAUGCGCUAGAUGAGAUUUUUUUUUUUUUUUAAAUAUGACAAGUGCAUUUGGUGCAUAAGGUUUUCUUUUUUUUUUUCUUAUUUCAAAUUUUCAACCCCCCCCCCCCACCCCCAAAAAUCAGUUUUUCCUGUUUUUCAAGGGAACGAUAUAAUAUGCCACUGAUUUUACAAAAUAAAAUUCCUGAUAUGCGCUAGAUGAGAUUUUUUUUUUUUUUUAAAUAUGACAAGUGCAUUUGGUGCAUAAGGUUUUCUUUUUUUUUUCUGAAAUAGUUGAUGUAAUAAGUGUAUAAGUACGGUGUAUAAGAGGGUGGGUCAUUAGAAUAUCAACAUGAACUAGUUUUUUUGAAUGCAUAUAAAGAAUUAAUAUGAAAAACUUGGAUAUUUUUAAGGGUCGUUAAAUUUGACCUUUGAAACAGCAGCUUUGAAUUUUCCUCUAAAUGUGUUCUAUAACGGAAUUUAGCACACAUCUAAAACCUGCUGUGUAGAGUUGUGUGGCUCAUGGAUGUGGCAUGUUAAGGGCUGUGUAGUUGUGUGGCAGAUGAAUGUGACAUGUUAAGGGCUGUGUAGAGUUGUGUGGCUCAUGGAUGUGGCAUGUUAAGUGAUGUGUAGAUUGUGUGACCGGUUAAUGUGGCAUGUUAAGAAAUAAGAGUGUGACAAAUGAUUUACACCUAAGUUUAAGUAUUUAGUUUUUGUUGAUAUAUAAUCUAAGCUUUUGUGCUUCUGGCAUUCCUUGUGGGGGAAUUAGUUUUCACAGUUGUUGACAAUUUUAAUGCAAAUAUCUUGAUUGGAACUUUCUUUUUGUCCUCAGGCACCAGAAUCUUACAAAAAUGUUACAGAUGUUGUAGAUACUUGUAAGUCUGAGACUAUCUCACAGUUUUCUUUUCUUAAUUGUGUCUCAUUUGUUAAAAUGGAGUUGAAUUGUUAUAAUGUACUUCAAAAGCGGUUUGUAUUCCAAAAUUACAGAACAAUAGGCUUUUCAAAUUAGGGUGUUUUAAAUCCUAUUUCAUCACUGGCUGCACAGCAUAUACGUUCAAUACAGCAUAGCAAGGCAGCACAGUUUUAUUAAUGACAGUACAACAUAUCAGGGCAUUACAGUUUUAUUAAUGACAGUACAACAUAUCAGGGCAUUACAGUUUUAUCAAGGCCGUACAACAUAUCAGGGCAUUACAGUUUUAUCAAGGCCGUACAACAUAUCAGGGCAUUACAGCAUUAGAUGACUAAUUUUACUAACUGAUUAACUAGAUGACUAAUUAUACUAACUGAUCAACUGGAUGACUAAUUUACUUACUGAUCAACAGGAUGGCUAAUUUACUAACUAAUCAACAGGAUGACUAAUUUACUAACUGAUCAACAGGAUGACUAAUUUACAAACUGAUCAACUGGAUGACUAAUUUACUAACUGAUCAACUGGAUGACUAAUUUACUAACUGAUCAACUGGAUGGCUAAUUAACCUAACUGAUCAACUGGAUGGCUAAUUUACUAACUGAUCAACUGGAUGACUAAUUUACUAACUGAUCAACUGGAUGACUAAUUUACUAACUGAUCAACUGGAUGACUAAUUUACUAACUAAUCAACAGGAUGGCUAAUUAACCUAACUGAUCAACUGGAUGGCUAAUUUACUAACUGAUCAACUGGAUGACUAAUUUACUAACUAAUCAACAGGAUGGCUAAUUAACCUAACUGAUCAACUGGAUGACUAAUUUACUAACUGAUCAACUGGAUGACUAAUUUACUAACUAAUCAACAGGAUGGCUAAUUAUACUAACUGAUCAACAGGAUGACUAAUUUACUAACUGAUUAACAGGAUGGCUAAUUUACUAACUGAUCAACAGGAUGGCUAAUUUACUAACUGAUCAACUGGAUGGCUAAUUAACCUAACUGAUCAACUGGAUGGCUAAUUUACUAACUGAUCAACUGGAUGACUAAUUUACUAACUGAUCAACUGGAUGACUAAUUUACUAACUGAUCAACUGGAUGACUAAUUUACUAACUAAUCAACAGGAUGGCUAAUUAACCUAACUGAUCAACUGGAUGGCUAAUUUACUAACUGAUCAACUGGAUGACUAAUUUACUAACUAAUCAACAGGAUGGCUAAUUAACCUAACUGAUCAACUGGAUGACUAAUUUACUAACUGAUCAACUGGAUGACUAAUUUACUAACUAAUCAACAGGAUGGCUAAUUUACUAACUGAUCAACAGGAUGGCUAAUUUACUAACUGAUCAACAGGAUGGCUAAUUUACUAACUGAUCAACAGGAUGACUAAUUUACUAACUGAUCAACAGGAUGGCUAAUUAUACUAACUGAUCAACAGGAUGACUAAUUUACUAACUGAUCAACUGGAUGGCUAAUUUACUAACUGAUCAACAGGAUGGCUAAUUUACUAACUGAUCAACAGGAUGACUAAUUUACAAACUGAUCAACUGGAUGACUAAUUUACUAACUGAUCAACAGGAUGGCUAAUUAUACUAACUGAUCAACAGGAUGACUAAUUUACUAACUGAUCAACUGGAUGACUAAUUUAAUAACUAAUCAACAGGAUGGCUAAUUUACUAACUAAUCAACAGGAUGACUAAUUUACUAACUGAUCAACAGGAUGGCUAUUUAUACUAACUGAUCAACAGGAUGACUAAUUUACUAACUAAUCAACAGGAUAGCUAAUUAUACUAACUGAUCAACAGGAUGACUAAUUUACUAACUGAUCAACUGGAUGACUAAUUUAAUAACUAAUCAACAGGAUGGCUAAUUUACUAACUAAUCAACAGGAUGACUAAUUUACUAACUGAUCAACUGGAUGACUAAUUUACUAACUAAUCAACAGGAUGACUAAUUUACUAACUGAUCAACAGGAUGGCUAUUUAUACUAACUGAUCAACAGGAUGACUAAUUUACUAACUAAUCAACAGGAUAGCUAAUUAGACUAACUAAUCAACAGGAUGACUAAUUAUACUAACCGAUGAACUAGAUAACUAAUUAUAAUAACCAAUUUACUAGAUUUCUAAUUAUGCUAACUGUCAGGAUGACUAAUUAUACUAACUGAUCAACAGGAUGGCUAAUUUACUAACUGAUCAACAGGAUGGCUAAUUAUACUAACUGAUCAACAGGGUGGCUAAUUUACUAACUGAUCAACUGGAUGACUAAUUUACUAACUGAUCAACAGGAUGGCUAAUUAUACUAACUGAUCAACAGGGUGGCUAAUUUACUAACUGAUCAACUGGAUGACUGAUUUACUAACUAAUCAACAGGAUGGGUAAUUAUAAUAACUGAUCAACAGGAUGACUAAUUUACUAACUGAUCAACAGGAUGACCAAUUAUACUAACUGAUCAACAGGAUGGCUAAUUUACAAACUGAUCAACAGGAUGACUAAUUUACAAACUAAUCAACAGGAUGGCUCAUUUACUAACUGAUCAACUGGAUGACUAAUUUACAAACUAAUCAACAGGAUGGCUAAAAUUUACUAACUGAUCAACUGGAUGACAAACAUACUAACUGAUCAACUGGAUGACAAACAUACUAACUGAUCAACUGGAUGACUAAUUUACUAACUGAUCAACAGGAUGGCUAAUUUACUAACUGAUCAACUGGAUGACUAAUUUACUAACUAAUCAACAGGAUGACUAAUUAUACUAACCGAUGAACUAGAUAACUAAUUAUAAUAACCAAUUUACUAGAUUUCUAAUUAUGCUAACUGUCAGCUGAAUUGAAAAAUACAUGCAAUAUUGAAGUGGCUAAUAGUAUUUCAUAUUGUUUAAGAAAAGUUUUUUUUUUUUUAAAUAACUUUUCUCAGUAAAGUAAUAAAUUUGUAAAAAUGAGUCUUACCAUGAGUUCCAGUGAAUGUUCCUAUGAGCACACUUUUCUUUCAUGUUUCAGGCCAUGAGGCAGGUAUAAGCAAGAAGUGCAUCAAAUUACGACCUAUUGCUGUGAUCAAGGGAUGAUGUAGAGCUGUGAGGCUGCUAGUGUCAUGUGGUAGACUGCUAUGGCCAUGUGGCUGUACUAAUGUGUUGAUGAGUAUUGUAAAUGUUGCUACCCAUUUCUGUUGAUGCAAUGUUCUUGUCCAUUGAUUUGAAUUUAAAUAUUUUUUUAUUUUGUUCCAUAAAACUUUCAUAAUGAAGGUGUCUCAACUUUUAUAAUGAAGGUGUCCACAACUUUUAUAAUGAAGGUGUCCACAACUUUUGUUAUGAAGGUGUCCACAACUUUUAUAAUGAAGGUGUCCACAACGUUCAUAAUGAUGGUGUCCACAACGUUCAUAAUGAAGGUGUCCACAACUUUUAUAAUGAAGUGUCCACAACUUUCAUAAUGAAGGUGUCCACAACUUUUAUAAUGAAGGUGUCCACAAGUGUGAGCUAUGUUUUUUAUUGCUAGUUUUUGAUAUUACAAAUUUUUUUUAAAUUCUCCACUUAAGUGAUUGUAUUUUUUGGUUGUUAUUUGUAACAGAGAAAUGAAAAUAGAAUUAGUUUGUAUGACAAGCUUAAGUUGGUCUAGUUUAACAUAGUAUGACAAGGCCAAUUUGGUCUAGUUUAACAUAGUUGAGGUUGAAUGGAUACAAGAUUGUAAAAAAGUUACGCCAAAUCAAGGGAAGUAACAUGAACAGAUUCAUUCAAUUUUAUGCCUUUACAUAAUUAUGUAAAAAUUAAUGUUUCAAAUGUCAUUAUAUUUCAAGGCUCCACCCCUCAGCUAGCUACACUUGUACAUAAGCCAGUUGAACAGGGGAUAGGCUUGGCUACUGUAAACAUUUAAUUUAUUGCCUUUCAGGUAAUAUUAUUGUCAAUUUAUUUACUAAUUUAUCCCAAGAACGUUCAUGACAUUGUCUUUAUUUUUAUUGCCAGAGUUUAUUUUGAAAGUUUGGUUUAUUACAAAUGUUUUACAAAAAACACCGGUCUCAGGAUAUCUCCGUAGCCAAGCUUAUUUAUUGUGACUAUAUAGCAAUGUUAGCCCAGCUUAUUUAUUGUGACCAUAUAGCAAUGUGAAACUCUCCAUCUUCCACAACUAGCCACAUACCAUGUAAAUAAUCACUGUGGAGAAAGGAAACUUUGUAUCUAAGCUGCCUGUUGUUUGACCUGAAUAAACUGUUGAUGAAAAUA